UCUAAUGCUCUUCUUCUUUCUUUUUGCCUUCGUUACUCCAUAACAAAUUCGAUCUCUUUUCCUCCAUUCAUUCUUCUUCUUUUCUCGGUCCUUCACUGACCAUCCAUUUUUCUAUGGGAAACAAGAACAGUUGAGAAAAUGACAGUAGACCCGCUGCCUUCUUUCUCUUUAACCGGGAGAGUCUCAAUUCGCAAGAUCUUGGCCUGCAUGGUUUUUUCCUUUUGUGCUUUUGUUGGUUUGAAUCGAGAUAUUUUUUGUUUUGGGUCCUGAUCAGGUGGAGGAAACAAGAAAAGCGACGACAGCCUCGCCGCCGACCGACGAAGAACUGCGGUGAUUUCAACCAUGAGCGCACUGGAUAAAUUUUCUGGUUCUAUUUCUGCAGAUUGGGGGGAGAACGAAGAAGCUGAUAGAGGAGAGAGAUGGUGGAGGAGAGAGAUAGCAAAACAGAAAAAUAAAAAAAGCCCCGUUUUUUUUUGCUUUCUCUCCAAUUUGGAGGGGUGGGUUAAACAGUACCCGACCCCUCCCCUUCCCCUCACCUCAUCACUGUACAACGCUUCGGAAACGGGGGAAAUUCUAUUGGAACCCGUGCUUCCCCCCUUUUCCUUUCCGUUCCCUCCUUUUCCCUCGCAAAGAAACAGAGGGUAAAU